UUUAAUUAUUGAAUUUGUAAGAAGAAUAAAAUCCUGCAGCAUUAUCCUAACCAUUAUAAUGAAGUACAGCUUUAUAAUUGCACAGCAUUAUGGUUGUAUUUUAACAUAUCACAAUGUAUGAAGCAAAGUGAAGUUGAGGGGGAAAUCUUGCUUGUGUUUAUUUAUAAACACUGUUCAGUUCUAGAGGAUUUAAUGUCACUGCUGUUAAUGUCUUGGUGCCAGAUACCACAAGACACCUUCAGAGAUUUUGUGGAGUCCAUGCCUCAAUGAGCCAGAAAUGUUUUGGAAGCACAGGUCCAACACUGUGAACCGAGCAUUGUUUGCAAGAGACAUGAUUGAGGACAUCCUAAUUCCAACCAAAGGCAAGGAACAUCUGGAACAGAGUGAGUGUUUAAGCCAUUAUAGCUGGACCCCAGACACUGUGGAUCAUGCACAGAAUACAAUGUCCAGUCCUAUCCACUCAGGGUUUCUGGUGAGCUUCAUGGUGGAUGCCAGGGGUGGAUCUAUGAGAGGAAGUCGUCAUAAUGGCAUGCGCAUUAUCAUUCCUCCCAGGAACUGUCCAGAACCAACGAGAGUCACAUGUCGGUUGCCAAAACGGCAAUGCCUGCUGUACCCACCUCCCAUGGUGGAGGGUGAGGGGCUUGUUAGCAGGCUCAUAGAGGUGGGACCAGCUGGAGCCCAUUUUUUAGGGCCUGUCAUUGUGGAGAUUCCACAUUUUGGCUCAAUGCGUCAAAAGGAGCGUGAGCUGAUUGUACUACGCAGUGAUCAUGGUAAUACAUGGAAGGAGCAUCAUCAUGAAUGCUGUGCAGAAGAUCUCAUUGCUCUGCUGAAUGGCAUGAAUGAAGAACUGGACAGCCCAGCUGAGCUGGAGAAAAAGCAUAUCUGCCGCAUCAUCACUAAAGACUUUCCGCAAUACUUUGCAGUUGUGUCUCGUAUUAAACAGGAGAACGAUUACAUGGGUCCCGAGGGUGGAGUGUUAACUAGUGAAUCUGUUCCAAUGGCGAGGGCUGCUUUUCCCCCUGGAGCACUCACAAAGAAGAUUCAUGUUGGUUUACAGGCUCAGCCAGUUCCAGAGGAAAUUGUGUGCAGUGUCAUUGGUAAUAAAGCCUCUUUCAGCCCCAUUGUAACUGUAGAACCCCGGAGGAGGAAGUUUCAUAAACCCAUCACCAUGACAAUUCCUGUCCCACCCAGUGCCAAGGACUACACAGGAUUUAAAGGAGACCCUGUUCCCUGCUUGAGACUGCUCUGCAGCAUCACAGGUGGCACUUCUCCAGCUCAUUGGGAGGAUAUCACUGGCACUACUUCACUCUCCUUUGUUACUGACUGUGUCUCAUUUACUACAAAUAUUUCAGCCAGGUUCUGGCUAACAGACUGUCAGCAAGUCAGUGAGACAGUUGCUCUGGCAAACCUAGUUUACAAGGAGCUGAUUUGUGUGCCAUACCUUGCCAAAUUUGUGGUUUUUGCAAAGACCAAUGACUUAUCAGAGUCAAAGCUGCAUUGCUUCUGUAUUACUGAUGAUAAGGUGGACAAAACACUUGUGCAGCAAGACAACUUUGAGGAAGUGGCCAGGAGCAAAGAUAUAGAGAUUUCAGAGGGAAAGUUUAUCUAUGUGCAUUGCUAUGGCAAUCUGUCUCCUGUCAGCAAGAUCAGCCAGCAGCUUGGUUUUACCUUCUAUGCAUUCAAAGAGAACGGACUAGCUUUUAGUGUUAAGGUGUGGGACAUGGAACAGAAGCCAUUUGGAAGACUCUGGUUUCUCAAAGAGAUGAAGACUUCUAAGGGCAUUUCUCAGAGUGCAAUCUGCAAGCUUAAUCUCACUCUGCCAGAACACAAGAAGGAGAUGGAGACAGAACCUGAUAAUGGGAAUGACAAAGAUCAACGUCAAAUCAUUGCUUCAUUAGCAUUACGACAGCGCUUUUGCCAUCUGUCUGAUCCCACAUCCCAAAAUACAGAAAAAGGAAAUUCUGCUCUGAAAACCACAUUACAGACUUCUGGCUAUUCCGACAAACCUGCUUUUAUGACACAUCAAUAUCAGGCCUGGGUACCCAGCCCAUCUGCUAGCUCCAGGGGACAAGCCAAGUCAGGAAUUCUCUCUCCCUCUAGCUCAUCCUCCAGCACUCCAUCUGCUUCACCACUGAGGUCUGUGUUGUCAGAAAAUUCUGAGUUCUCCAUGAGAUCAGUCAUCAAACGUUCAUUAACACCCUCUAUCAAGUCUGUCAGUGGUGUUGCAUUACCAAUACACUCCUACAGUGCUGUCUCCGCCUCACAAAAGACAUUGGAUCAACAAGCACUUCACCCAGGGCAGGCAUCUCUGACCGUCUUGCCAUCUAUAAUAAAAAAUGGCCCUGAGUCCGUUUCUGUAAAUUUUGCAUUGCCUUCUAUUUCAGCCAGAACCUCUCAACUACAAGCUGGAUGCUCACUACUGGAGAAAUCUUUUAUCACUAAGACGCUGCCUGCUCCACCUAUGUCUUCUCUGAACAUGCAUAGCUCAAUUUUUUCAUAUAAAUCUGUCAAUACUUCAAAGGCUCCAACAACUGCUUCCCCCAUUAAACCAUUUUCAUGGCUAAACACAAUCAAAACAGCAACAGAAAAAACAACCGGCUGUCAUAGCUCUCCAACUAAACAGCACUCCCCCUCAGCCUCCUUUUUUCUGUCUGGCAGCCUACAAGAGAGGAUACAGGCUACUACAAUUGCUGCCACAAAUGGUGUUAAUGCUGCUUUUGAUGAAGUAGAGAAGACCCUAAAUUCAUUUUCUGCAGGCUAUGAUAAACUCCAGGUUGUGUCAUCUUCACCACCUUCCUUCUCUCAGUCUAUCAGGUCCUCACCUUCUGUUUACGACUCUCUUAAUUCACCUCCUAACACCACCAUUUCUGUUACCCACAGCAGAGUUGCAGUGCCUUUUUAUUCAGUUCUAAAUGUUUUGCCAGAACACCAGUUUAAAAAGCUUCCUGACAUCUCUAAAUCAACAGCAGCACUUUUGUCCCCCAGAAAAGCUAAUGAUCAAAUGCAGUCUACCUAUGUCAGAACUCCUGUCAGUCUACCUAUGUCAGAUAAAACCUUUCCAUUCAUGUCUCCGACAACUUUCUCAUCCCCUCUGUCAAACAGCCAAGAUAUACUGAAGGAUGUGCAUGAAAUGAAGGAAGAUUUAAUCAAAAUGUCAGCUAUUUUGCAAACUGAUUCUGUUUCCAAAGGCUUCCAGUCUUACUCACUUAUCGAACAUAAAAUAGAAGACGAGGAACCACACAAAAUUAUGGAAAAAGGCAAACAAAACUUAGUUAAGGUUAGUGAUAUACUAACCACUGGUAUUCUAAAGGAAAAUGAAAAAUACAAGGAAGGUAGAAAGACUGAAGAUCUGUUAUCCAAAACUCUAGCAGCAACAAGGAGAAAUGAAGAGAAUAGUAGAGAGAGAAAAGAAAAUAUUAAACAUGCUAUGGCAGUUCAAGAACACAAGGUCAAAUUGCCCACAUUGACACUAUCAGAGAAAGAGCUGUCUACCAUUUUAGACUCAGAUAAUGUCCAAGAUAAAAGUCCCCUGUCAGACAGUGGGUUUGAGACCCGGAGUGAGAGGACACCAUUACCAAUAAUCCCCUUACAGGACAUGUCACCAUUCAUGAAUAAAACAGAUCCUGAAUCUGUACAUGCCAUACAGAGAUACAAACCUCCAAAGGACACCAUUGAGCCUGUAGCAGAUGAGGUCAAAAGGAACAAUUCUCCAGCCCAGUGCAUUGACACAAAUUUCAGGUUGCCUAAAAGCUGCAAUAAAGACAAUGCAAAAAUGUAUCAAAGCAGAUUCAGUACAGGGAACGAUAUUGUGUGUAAAGGUAUGCAACUUAAAGAGGAGACUCAUAUAACAACAACCACUGGAAUGUUAUAUCACAAACCGACAAGUAAGGAGACUACUUCAAAGAGGCUGGAAGAGACUGUUACGAAACCCUUACAGUCUGGCCAAGAUUCAUCCAGAGUUUUACCUGGACUAUUUGAACAUCUGGGCAGCAAUGAAGGAUGUAAUGUAUCACAAAGACCUCUGAACAAUGAUUUAAUGGCAAAAGUGGAACACAUUAUUGAGGUUCACAUUGAAAAAGGAAAUAAAACAGAAACGACAAAGGUAAUUAUAAUAAAAACCAAAAAUUGCCCUGAAAAAGAAAUGCAUAUUUAUCAAAGCAGCAGAAGCAAGAAGGAAUUUCAAAACAGAGCAGAAGUGGAGAAAGUAAUCACACCUUUCACACAGGAGGAUGAUAUCAGGACCACCACUGUUCAGUUAACCAAACCAGACUUGUACAAAACUCUUAAUUUACAAAGACCACACUCAGUGGAGUACCAUGAAGAAGAGUCUUCCGUUAUGAGAAAGGACUCAGAUAAAAUGCUAUUGUCUGAGAAAUUUGACUCUUUUUAUUCUGAAAAAGACAAAACUUUGACUGAAGGGUCUAAUAAUUAUAAAGUUAGAACACAUGGUGGCUCAGUGAGAUAUGUCAUGCAUAAACCGGGUGGUGUCUUAGAUGACAAUAAAACGUGUGAAAAUGUAGACCGGCAGAAAGGAGGUACAGAGAAACAUAGAUUUGAGGACAGGGUAGAUAAAUCUGUCAAAGAAGCAGAGGAAAAGCUAAGUGAGGUCUCAUGGUUCUUCCGGAAUAAAACUGAGAAAUUAAAGGAUGAACUCCAGCACCCUCAGAAGAAAAAUCAUACGCUAAACAUUCAAGAAACUCAGUCUGUGCACAGUUCUACCUACAGCAGCCCAGAGAAAACAAAGGAUGGUGGUAGUGGUGAACAGUGGAGCACUGAAAAGUUUAAAGAAAGAUAUGCUCCUAAUGAGAUGAACUGUGCUAGUCUUCCAAGUAGCCCAGGAGAAUGUGUUUUACUUCAGUACAGUGUUGAUAACAGAAAACACAGGGACUGCUCAGUAGUCAGUAGUGCAAGUAAAUCCACUAAAUGUUUCCAGCCGUCAUGCAAGGUUAGUUCAAUUGGAAUGAAAUUUAUAGCUAAGGCUAAAAAGCAAGAUGUGGUACCUCAAUGUGGUCAAACUUCUGGUGGAGUAGUAAAGAAUCUGCAGGAAAAUAAAUUACCUAUCUAUCAGUUUGCUGGAGGCAAUUACCCCAAUCCAAAAGAACCAGGUCAGCAUUACUCAAACAAAGUUUUAGACAGUGAUGGGAGCCAAAGUUAUAAUGUCAGAAAAGCUCAAUUAUUGAAUGAAUGUAACAAUGCCAUUCCCAAACAACACAAAAGUUUAUACAGCAAAGAUAUGGUUGACACAACUUGGGGAAGUCAUGGCAGUGAACACCAUAAAUGCCAGAAGUCAAAGAUUUCCCAAACACUUGAAGAAAACACUUUGUUUGACAGUAAAGGAAGUGAUAAAUUAAACAAAGAAGAAACAAACAAACAGAUCAUAUAUACUGGUAUACCAAUUCAGGAAGACCCCACCAGUAUUGGAAAAUAUGGUGGUUUGUUAAAAAAAAAGUUGGAAUUUUACAUUCCUGUUAGGGUUUUGUCCAGUUUUGUAGGCCAGUCCAAAUGUGAAAUAGAGCUAGAUUCAUCUGUUAAAAUUGAUGGACCAGCAUCACACAUACCAACAUUAAAUAAAAGCAAAUAUUGUAGUUUUGAUGGAAAUAAAUCAUUCAGUGAUGUGUUGUCAAUAGGACAUGUUAAUGUAAUCUGCACUAGUACUAAAGGUGAACAAAUUGAAUAUACAGAGAGAGUGACUCCAAUUGUUACAGCAGAUAUUAAACCUUUACCAGUUUAUAUCAGCAUUCCAGUGGUAAAACAGUAUGAGGAAGAGGCAGCCACCGUACAACCUAACACAUACAAAAAGGUUGUUAUCCAUGUGAGCCACACAAAUCAUGAGGCAAAGGAAGAGUUUUAUAAUGCUAUAGAGAGACAACUGCCUUUACCUGAGGGGAGCCCAGAAGAUGACAUACUGAAGCACAUAAUUAUUAUGGACAAUUUUGGAAGAUGUCUAAUCACUCCUGAGACACCCAGCUCUGAUGAGGUUAGCUAUGACUUAAAUUCCCAAGCACCAGUCUCUAAAAUUGGUUUUAUGGCACAUGUACUCAGCUCAAUCCCAAAAGAUUCAGAGAAAGAAGACAAGCCUUUUAUUUUUGGGCACAUACCAGAAGAGAAAGUCAAGACUGUUACUCAUUCAAAAUUCUUCAAAAGGAAUGAUGAGUCACUAAGAGCCACAGACAAACAUGUAGCAUACUUUGAAUUUCCACCACUUCCACCCCAUGGUACUCAACAGUCUGAACAUAUGGAACUGAACAAGGACUUGCCACCUUCUAAAGCAGACACAGAGAUGAUGGAGGUGAAUCUUCAAGAGGAGCAUGACAGACACCUUUUUGCUGAGCCUGUUAUUCAGAGAUAUCCACCAUCUCCUAUUCCACCUGGGGCUAAUGACAGUGAUUCAAGUGAUGAGUCUGUCAUUAAGCCCAUCCCUCUUAAGAAGUACAAUGUUAAAAUGACUCAGAAUUGUAAAAAGCUGCAAAACCCAGAUAAAAAUGUUUCCUAUCACAAAGAGUCACAUGGUGUCAUUAAGAGAGAUGAGGUGGAUGAGCAAAAUGGUAAUGAUCAGUCUGUCACUGACUGCUCUAUAGCAACAAUGCCUGAAUUUUCCCAUGACACUGAUGCCACAGAGCUAGACUCUCUGGAUGGGUAUGACUUGCUGGAUGAAGAUGAUUGGUUGAGUGAUACCAAGACAUUAGGCCUUUCAAAUGAUCGAAAGUCAGCCAAUUGCACCUCCAGCCAGACCAAGCUGGAAGUUAGAAAACAGGGCACACCAAAUGAGGAUGAAAAUACAAAGUCUAAAAGCAACUUGGGCAAAAAAAAAGAAAGUAGUAAAGAUCAAUGCAAGAUCUACUCUUUAGAGGGAAGACAUCCUGAUAGACAAGAGUUUACAGAUAGCUAUUUCAGCUACAAGCUUGAGCAGGAAUUACCUUCAACUUUUAAUAGUGUUGCCACUAAAUGUCUGCACUUUCAUCCAUGGUCAAACAAAGGAAAAGAGGAAGAAAUGUUUGGGACCAAAAGCACAGAUGAAGAUACAAAACAUUUUAGUUUAUUGGUGGAGGACAAAUCACAAGCUAAUACACCGGACACCACUCCAGUUCGAACACCAACUGAUGAGAGCACCCCAACUAGCGAGGCUAACCCCUUUCCAUUCCAUGAGGGCAAGAUGUUUGAGAUGACUCGCAGCGGUGCUAUUGACAUGAGCAAGAAGGACUUUGUUGAAGAGAAGCUUCAAUUUUUUCAGAUUGGUCCCCAAAGCCCAUGUGAGAGAACAGAUAUUCGCAUGGCUAUCGUGGCUGAUCAUCUGGGGCUUAGCUGGACCGAGUUGGCACGUGAAAUGAAUUUUUCAGUCGAAGAGAUCAAUCAUAUCCGCAUGGAAAACCCCAACUCCCUCACUGCCCAGAGUUUCAUGCUACUGAAGAAGUGGGUGACCAGACAUGGAAAAAAUGCAACCACGGAUGCUCUGUCUGUGGUUUUGAACAAAGUGAACCGGAUGGACAUUGUCACUCUGCUGGAAGGGCCCAUAUUUGACUAUGGUAACAUUUCAGGCACCAGAAGGUUUGCAGAUGAUAGCACUGUGGAGAAAGCAGAUGGUAAAAUUUAGAUUCCACCCCACACAUUCAACAUUUUUUGAAUUUUUUUGACACCAGCUUCCUGGAUUCUGAGCCUGCAAAACUUUUGAAAGAGAUUGGAUUAAUGAUUUCAGUUAUUUUGAUAUAGUGAUUACUCACAGCUAAAUAAUCAGGUGUUAAGUGUUUGCUAAAAGGUCAUUUUCACCCUGCUGAAUACAUUUGCUUUGACUUAAUUUAAAAAUACAGUAUACAGUAAGAUUUGUUUUUGUUGAUUGCUUUAUGCAUUGGUCUGGAUCAGAACAUACAUAUGAUGCUUCCAUUUGUCCACUGCACAUAAUAACUUUCAGGAAAACACAAAUUUGUUGUCUCGUGCUACUCUUUUGUUGUAAUGUUGUCAUAAUACAUGUUUGGCUUUAUUAUUAUUAUUAGUAGUAGUAGUAGUAGUAAUAAUAGUACUAGAAGUAGUAAAAGUAGUUCCUGUAAUCCGAUGUGUUUUUAUGAGAACGCAAAAAUGAGUUUUGACACACAUUUCAGUGGCAUAGAUUCCUGUAGCAUCCUGGUGCUAUGUUUGGUUAUUUUAGCACUGCCAUAGUGUUAUCCAAGAUCAUGCAGUAGCAUGUCAUGAGUUCAGAAAUCUUUAUGUAGCUUUUUUAUGACUAGAUUAUCAAUUGAGUAAAUGGGUAAGAGAAAUCGGAUCCUUCUACAGUAUAUGCUUAACCUCAACCUUUAACUAUCUUGUUCCAUGCAAUGGAUACCCUUUGUACCUCUCUUCCAACCAAUCAUUAAAACGUCCAGUUAUCUAUCUAAUCAUCCAUUCAAAGCUCUCAUCCAGGCUCCUCUCCUUAUUUCUUAUUAGCCAUACUUAGAGUACCUUAUUUCAUUGCCAUUUAAUGUACAUUUUUUUUAAUUUCACUGUAAAAUGUAAUACAAUGUAAUUUAAAAUGAAGACUGUCUUCAAAUUGUAAUUUUGUCAGUUCACAGCCCAAACAGAUUACAGUAUAAACCUAAAAGCCCUUGAAUCCCAGUGAACCACAGCUCAACCUUUUCAUUCCAUCUUGACUACUCUACCUAUUCUGCACUUGUUAUAGUUGGAGAUGUAAGUGCAGAAUAUUUAGUAUAGAAAAGGCUGUGAUUGGCAAAACAACACACACAUUAUAACAUAAAAAGAAGCAAGACAAAAAUCAGGAACACAAAUUUCUGUUACACUAAUAAAAAACAGGAAAGCUGAAUCGGAAGGAAAAAACAAACAAAAAAGUACAAUAAGUUCACAAGUUUGACCCCUGGUAGUCAUAACACUUGAAUUUCAAUGUAAAUAAAAUUUUAUUCAUAAAUCCUUUUAACAAUGGACAUUGUAAGGAAACUGGUUUAUAGAAAGAUAUGAGGUACACUUGUGAUUCUAGCCUACGGUGCUAGUAAUUGGUAGCACUGUUGGUACAAACAUCAUGGUAGAUAUUUUGUCAUGACUUCUAAUUUCCCAGUUCUAAGUCAAACAAUAUUUAUCAAAUAGCCACCUGGUAACGUAACAAAUCCACUGCUGGAGAUGUGUUAAAAUCCAUAUGAAAUCUCAUGAAAUGAGAAUCAUGAACAAAGAAAACUGGGUGUCAGUACACAAACAGGCAGUGAGCAAACAAAUCCAACUCAGUAUCCAAAUAAGCUCAGCUCUCAGGCACUCUAGAACUCUCUUCGAUUUCUUGUGGUCAAUGGGGCACUAGAUAAAUGAGGGUCAUUGCAAGUUCAAAACACUCAGAUCACAGUCUAGACAGUUCACAGCAUCACGAGGACUGAUCAAUUCUGGUCAUCAUUACCAAAUAUCCCAUUAUGCUCAGCUUCCCUGGAUGCAGACCCAAAACUCCCAGAUUUCCUGGUGUGAAUGAGAAAUCAUCAACUGGUUACACCACUGUCAUGCCACAUGUCCCAUAGUUCCCCAUAUACUUGUUACCUCAAUAUUAAUUAAAAGUAAUGACUCUAACUCUAAAAAUAUUCCUCCAGUUUACUUGGAAUUUACAGAAGAUGUUAGCCAACUUAAAAGGUAGCAUACUACUGCCCAUGACUAAUUACUACACCAUCAAAGUCAUGCCUGGAACUAUACAUCCACACUUAUCAGCUACAGAAAUCAAAGCCAUAGAAGACUACUCAAACAGGGUACAUUCAAACUGUCUCUCAUAAACUUCUACUGGAUUCUCCUAUGUAGAGAAGAAAGAGGGGGACUUCUAUACUGUUAUAAUGUGAGUGGAGAAUAAUGUGGGUGAGUGGAAAACUUUGUAUCGCUAUGUGUUGCAACUGUGUGAUUAAAGUUUCGAGUCUUGGGCCGGCCACAACCGAGGUGCUCUUAAGCAAGGCACCGAAUACCCCCAACUGCUCCCCGGGCGCGCAGCAUAAAUGGCUGCCCACUGCUCCGGGUGUGUGUUCACGGUGUGUGUGUGUUCACUGCUGUGUGUGCACUUUGGAUGGGUUAAACGCAGAGAACGAAUUCUGAGUAUGGGUCACCAUACUUAGCUGUAUGUCACAUCACUUUAAGUUUUAUUUGUUUAAGGUUUUAACAUCAGAUAUCAUCACAAAUCAGUUUUACAGAAAUUUGUUACAUCCAGAUUAAUAAAUUUUCCCCCUAAAGUUUCAAUUGCUUUUGAGAUGUGUGAUGCAUUUUUGUCUAUUGGAAGAGAGGGUUUGUUAGUGGAAGUGACCAAGGGUUGGAGUAUUGGUAAGCUCUCUGUUCUGAUACUGUUAUGUAAUUUUCCUGAUUUUAUAUUUCUGGUUGUGAGCAUCAGGUUCACAUAAAUAUUUACUCGAGUGACAGCAUGUUUUCCUACAGAUGAUACUGUAAGAAAAAAAUGUGUUGUGUAAAAAUAAGACGCUGAUGUUGAAGAUCUUAAUAAAGAACAAGAAGUUUAUUCCAGCAUAGCAGUGACAAAAUACAUGGCGUACUUUGGGUUCGUCGGAGUCGGUAGAAACACGAACCCAGAGCAAAUCCUGCUCACACAUUUUAUACUGUUUUCCUCUUUGUAGUUUAAAUGAGAUUCUACUUUGAAGAUGUAUUGAGCGUAAGAUCUGAGUGUCUCCCAAAUGACUGGGUCACACCUUGUUAUCUAGCCAGAUGUCUUUAAAUGUUAAUCACGGUCACGUAUACCUUAUCUUGUUAUUAUUACAAUUGUUAUCAGUCAAAUGGUCACUUUAAAUGGUAAUCAUGGUCACGUAAACCCUUUGUUCGUGGUGACACCUGAUGUCCUGCUGCCGGUCCCAUAUUUAUAAUUGAAUCAAGUU